CGUAGCAGGGCAGGCAGCAGAGUCAAUAGCAAUGGCAGCCUCCAAAGAUGUCCACGUCCGUAUCUGUCAUCAGGAAAUUGUUAAAUAUGAUCUGGAGAUCAAAGCGCUGAUUCAGGAUAUCAGAGAAUGUACGGGUCCUAUAAGCAUGCUGAAUGACUUAAAUGCUCAAGUGAAGGACAAAUUCCAGCUUCUCAGGCUUAGAAUACAGGAUCUAGAGCAGAUGGCUAAGGAACAAGAUAAAGAAUCAGACAAGCAGUCUUUACUUACGGAGAUGGAGCGCCACAAGAAGCAGAUGCUCAGUAACCAGACAGUUUGGAGAAAGGCAAACCUUUCUUGCAAGCAGGCAAUAGAUAAUUCAGAGAAGGAUGAUCUACUUCAAGGAGGUGACCCUACUAGGCAAAGGAAGAUAACAAAGGAAAACUUGACACAGUCGGCAAGCGGCAUCACUGAGAGUCUGAUGGGUAUCAGUCGAAUGAUGUCACAGCAAGUCCAACAGAGUGAAGUAGCCAUGCAAACCUUAGUAACCUCAUCCAGAACUAUCCUGGAGGCAAAUGAAGAAUUCAAGUCAAUGUCAGGGACAAUCCAGCUGGGGCGCAAACUCAUCACCAAAUACAAUAGGCGAGAGCUGACGGACAAGCUGCUCAUCUUCUUGGCUCUGGCUUUGUUUUUAGCAACUGUAUUGUACAUUCUAAAAAAACGGCUUUUUCCAUUUUAGCCGUGUGCUUGCAGAAUAAGGAACUUGCUAAAGAGUUUCAGAUAUACUUUGAACUGACUUGAAUCUAACCUAAAGAGUUUCAGAGAAACUUUGAACUUGAACCUAUCUGGAUUCCAGUAUAUACCUGCAACAGAUUUAACGGCAGAUAUAGAAAGGCAUUACAUUGAAACGUAUACCUUUUUAAUGUUGACAUCCUUACAUGUAUUUGUCGUCAUUUACUUCUCAAGAUGCCAGACGUCUACAUAAUGCGUUGCAACCCUUUUUAUCAGCCAAAAUGUUAAAACCAUCCAACUAAUGGCAUUAAUCAUGACCAUCAAAUGGACAUUAUAAAUAUUGUGCAGUGCUUAAAGGGUCAUUAUAAGGGGAUUAGAAGCCUAGUUAAAGUACCACCCUUGAGCCGUAAAGAACUGCUGGUUCCGAGAGGAGACUGCCGCUGACCCAAUCAGCAGCCCUAGUCAUGGAGGUUAAACAUAUAUCAUUGCAGGUUCGCUAGUGAUAAAAUGACAAGCUCUAACAAAUUAGAGCAUGUCAUUUGUUUUACUAUAAUGGCUCUUUAAAGGUUUACAUAAAUGUUCUCAUGAAUAUGAAAGAGCAGAAAUGAAAUGUUAAAAGAUCUUGUUCAUAAACUUAAACUACCAUAGAAUGUGUUUUUGUGCACAACUGACACUACUGUAUUAACUGGUUAAUAGGGACACCUCCCGCAGCCCUGUUGAUGAACAAACCUCCUCAGACCUGACUGUUUGUUUAAUAUAGGAAUAGAAAAUAGAUAUUGAAAUAGCUUCUUAUACAUUGAACAAUGAAAACAUUGUAGUACAUUGUCCCUUUAAAACAAGGCAUUUCGCCAAGAGAUCACUGCAUGCCUUAGAAACACACUUAUAUAUGUGAACUUGCAACCUUUUGCUGCUACUGAUAGAGGCCCUUCAAAUCUAAAAUGACCAUUAUUGUCAGUGAGUUGAGACUGUGUUCCAUAAUCAAUAACUGUACCAUUUUACUUAAAGGGACAGUCUACUUGAAAAUUGUUAUUGUUUAGAAAGAUAGAUAAUCCCUUUAUUACCCUGUCCGCAGUUUUGCAUAACCAACACUGUUAUAUUAAUAUACUUUUUACCUCUGCGAUUACCUUGUAUCUAAGCUUCUGCAGAAUGCCCCCCUAAUCUCAGUGCUUUUUACAAACUUGCAUUUUAGCCAGUUAGUGAUGGUUCUUGCAUAACUCCACAAUGUUGUCUGUAUGUUACAUGAACUAAUGACCUCAAGGGCUUAGAAAAAGACAGAGAUUUAGAGGUUUAGAAGUUAAAAAGUAUGUUAAUAUAACAAUGUUUGUUGUACAAAGCUAGUGAAUGAGUAAUAAAGGCACUAUCUAUCUUUUAAAAAAUAAAAAAUCAAGUAGACUUUCCCUUUAAAGGGACAUUAACAAACAUCUUGUGAGUAAAAACUGUCCUUUGUCCCAAGCUCCCUACCUAAGGAGGCAAAAAAAACAACAACAAAAUCUUUAACCUAGGUUUUCAAAAUGUAGAUAAUAGCUCUUUAAUUUCCAGAGAUUAAAGGUUAAAGAUUUUGCUUUUUGGCAUGUAGGGAGUUUGGGACAAGCACAAUUCUUGACAAAAAAGUAAGAUGGGUUUAACUCCCUUUUCAUAUGUUUAUCAAUAUGUAGCUAAAUGUGUAAUGAUAUAAAAUAUUUAAAAUGUUUACCAAGAUUUAUUCAUUUGGAUCCUUUAGAACUGUAGGGAAUGAGUAGAAUGAAGAAAACGAAAUAACCAUCAAAUAAAUGUAGUAUAUUUACUAUAGUAUGAAAGUAUAGUUUCGGAAAAUACUGAUUGUUAAAGAUUUGUACUGGUUAAAUGUUGGAGAUGCAGUUAGUAUAAAACAAUAGUGGUCACCAACAUCCAUUAACAAUACGCACAAAUAUAGCGUGGGCUGUUUAAACAAGUUCUUUUUUCCAGUGUGGGGCCAGUUUUCAGCUGUCCCUCUGUUGGAGGCGAGGGCACAAAGAGCAAACUUCCUGUUUCCACGUUCGGACCAAUUAUCUCAUGGAAUUUGAAAUGCAGCCUGUUCUCAUGAUGCUCUUUGUAUGAAACGUUUAACCAAUGUCAUGUCAGCUAGCAGAAGACGUUUAGACUGCUGUAAUAAAUUAUAGUUACUGUCUUAUGAAUGCUUUUUACUUCCUGUUAUGAACAGUAAUUUACUUCCCACUAUAACUGGUGUCCAUAUUCUUAACUCAAUAAAAUUAAGUAAAGAUUAUUAAUUAAA